GUUUUAGAGACGAUCUCAGGACCAUCCCCUUGAAUAAUGUAUUCACGAGCUUUUCAUUUUGUAUUUCUUCUCUCUUUGGCGGCUCUAGUCAGGGCUGAGGAUAAUGAAGAUGUCAAGGAUACGAAAACUGCAGUGAAAAGAGGAGUUAGAGGCCUUACAGGAAUCCCUGGUGUUUUAUACAGCCAGUACUCGCCUCACGUACACACAGUCCCAGUACCACAACCGUACCCGGUCCCCGUCCCACAUCCGGUUCCGGUCCAGGUUCCAAGACCAUUCCCGGUGACGGUCCAUAAACCUGUGGGACUUCCAGUCCCAGUUGGAGUCCCAGUUCCUGUCAACGUCCCGGUGCCCAGACCCUACCCGGUCCCGGUCCCGGUCAACCUAGCCCAGGGACCUUCUGGUCUGGGGUUCGGAAAUUUCGGAGGAACCUUCGGACACUCGGGAGACUACAACUACGCUGGAGCUUUCUCGCAUCUGGGACUUCAAGAGGCGUAUGGUGGAAAGUUGGGCUACGGUUUGGGAAUCUACGGUGGGGCUCCUUCAAUCCCGAUGGCACAUCCUGGGCUGGCCGCUGCCUUAGCGUCCCUGGGCUCCGCCCCAUUGGGUCAUCCAGGGGUCCCGGAACCUCAUAUGGAUCCUCACAGUCAGAAAUACUAGGUUUAUUAAGUGCUAAGUUUACAAGUUUUUCGAAAUAGUGAUUUUUCAAUAACAGUGUAUUAAGUAUUUUACAUAGUUUUAAGAAUGAACAUUUUUAGUAUUCUAGGGACCAUAACUGU